CUCAGCUGGAGGAUGAGUCCGAGGGAGCCUGCUGGAGGGACAGCCAGCCAGUCUGUCUCGCUCUGCUAUGGGAACAGCUGGCUUGGGGAAGCAUCAGACCGAGGAGCAGGUGAGCCCAGGCUCAGGGCUCAAAUUGCUGUUUGCCUAGGUGGGGUUCAGAGAGGACAGAGGGGCUCAUUUGGGGUGUGUUGACUUGAAGUAUCUUUUUGUCUUGUUUUUCAAGACAGGGUUUCUCUGUCCUGGAAUUCACUCUGUCACUCUGUAGGGCUGGCCUCCAACUCAGAUUCAUCUGCCUCUGUCUCUGCCUCCCAAGUGUCAGCUACUACCCAGCCCUUGAAGUGGAAUGUUUAAUGUGAGCCAUGAGGUCUGUAGAGAGAUGGUGAGGACAUAUUAAGGAAGCUUCUAGAACAUUCUAGAGGUUUCCACAUGGCUUAAGAGACAGGUUUGGGAGACACUUAACCCAUAUGAGGCAGGAAGGCCCACUUGCUACAGACCUCAUAUAUAGAGUAAUGCUUGGGAAUUCAGCACAUCAGGCCCCGAAGGCCUGACCUCUGACUUCCAUCCCUGGAGCUACCUGCUCCCCAAGAGCACAAACUGCACAGAGAUGAGGGACACCAGGGACCCCUGCCAACAUAACUCCCUGUGCACCUCCCUCAGGAGCUGUCUACUGAAGGCUGGGAGGGGAGAGGCAGAAACUACUAGGCUUUUCUCUUAUUGAGGGAACCUCAGUCUGGCCAAUAACUCCUGCAAGAAUUGCUUAGUCAUCAGGCUGCCAUUCUCUGAGUGACAGGACGAAUGCUCCGACAUAGAGUGUAGCCGAGGUCUGCCUUCCACCCCCAGCACCGGGGGACUUUCACACUUUGUCAGAGAUUCUGAGUGUUCAGGAUGGUUUGGGUGGGAACCAGGGAGCAAGUGCUGUUUGGCAGGGACCCUAGUCAAUUCUACCUGUCUGGGGGGUGGGGUGGAGAGAGGAUCCUUGCGGAGUUGGAAGUAGGGGAGGAGAAGUUAUUCGACAGGGAGAAGGGAGCAUGGGCAUCCCAGACUAAUCUGUCUCUACUUCUGGCCCCUAGGAAGCCUCUAAGGAAUGGCCUGGUGAAGGACAAACUCUUCUGAGUCUCUUGUCCUCAACUCCCGCCAUCCAGGACUCUGUCCCGUCCUACCUGGGAUACUGGCCCCGCCCCUGGAGACUGGACCCAAUCCCCGGAGGUCUGCUCCCACCCCUGGAGGCCUGGCCCCGCCUUUGGCGGCAUGGCCACGCCUGCAGGACGAUGGCCCCGCCCUAAGAUGCAGGAUGCCACCCUUCUCCAGGGACUCUGGCUGCCAGCAGCUCCGCCUUUCAGGUCAAUUCUCGACCACCCACCUUGGGACCCAGCCCAGUCCUGCCCUCUGGGUCAGUGGGGUCUGGACACGCCCCCUCCAGGACCUCAAAGCACCCUCGACCUUCGGUCACCAGCCCACUGGUCCUGGACGCAGUGGACUUUGCUGACUCUCUUGGACACCGCCUGGGAGGAAAAUGCUCCCUGUCUGCCACCGUUUUUGCGACCACCUCCUCCUUCUGCUCUUGCUGCCCUCGACGACCCUGGCCCACGCGCCAGCAUCCUUGGGCCCCGCUGCCGCCCUGCUCCAGGUUCUCGGGCUUCCCGAAACGCCCCGGAGCGUCCCCACGCCCCGACCUGUGCCUCCUGUCAUGUGGCGCCUAUUCCGCAGCCGCAACCCCCAGGAGGCCAGAGUGGGGCGCCCUCUGCAACCAUGCCACGUGGAGGAACUGGGGGUUGCCGGAAACAUUGUGCGCCACAUCCCCGACAGCGGUCUGUCCUCCAGGAUCAUACAGCCCGCCAGGACCUCAGGGCUGUGCCCCGAGUGGACCGUCAUCUUUGACCUGUCGAGCGUGGAGCCCAUAGAGCGCCCAACACGCGCGCGCCUAGAGUUGCAGCUGGAGGCUGAGAGCGAAGAUACACGAGGGUGGGAGCUAAGCGUGGCGCUGUUGGCCGCGGCUGAGCAUCCUGGGCCUGAGCUACUGCGCGUGCAGGCGCCACCCGGGCUGCCACUGCGCGCAGACCUACUGGGGACUGCAGUAGCGGCUAACGCAUCGGUGCCGCGCACUCUGCGCUUGGCGCUGGCGCUGCACCCUGGGGCCGCUGCAACCUGUGGGCGCCUGGCUGAGGCCUCGUUGCUGCUGGUGACGCUGGACCCACGCCUGUGUCCCUUGCCACGGUCACGACGCCACACGGAGCCCAGGGUGGGAGGUGGUCCAGCGGGCACAUGUCGCACCCGACGGUUGCACGUGAGCUUCCGUGAGGUGGGCUGGCACCGCUGGGUGAUUGCGCCGCGGGGCUUUCUAGCCAACUUCUGCCAGGGCACGUGUGCGCUACCUGAAACACUGAGGGGACCCGGCGGGCCGCCUGCACUUAACCACGCUGUGCUGCGCGCGCUCAUGCACGCAGCUGCUCCCACCCCGGGUGUAGGCUCGCCCUGCUGCGUGCCAGAGCGUCUGUCGCCUAUCUCCGUGCUCUUCUUCGAUAAUAGUGACAACGUGGUGCUGCGCCACUACGAGGACAUGGUGGUAGAUGAGUGUGGCUGUCGCUGACCACCCAGGACACCCUUUCAGGGACGGCCCCACGCGAAAAGCAGGGACCGUUUGUUCAUGUUUUAUUGGUGACAAAAAGCUUAAAACAAAUUUGACCAAAAAUUAA